AUGGAGGGAACAGUCACCACUGCAUCACCAAAAAGGAUUGCAGUAGUAACUGGGGGCAACAAAGGAAUUGGAUUAGAGAUAUGCAGACAGUUGGCUUCCAAUGAAGUCAUGGUGAUCUUAACAGCUAGAGAUGAGAAGAGGGGUACUGAAGCUGUUGAAAAUCUCAAAGCUUGUGGGCUAUCGGAUAUUUUUUUUCAUCAACUUGAUGUUACAGACUCUGCUAGUAUUGCUUCUUUAGCAGAUUACAUCAAAAAUAAAUUCGGAAAGCUCGACAUAAUGGUGAACAAUGCAGGGGUCAGCGGAGUCAUAAUGGAUGCGGAGUCUUUUACUAGUUUAAAGCUGAAGUCUGGACAGGGAUGUAUAUGCGUUGAGUUGCAACUCCAUUCUGUGUAA